CCGUCUGCAGGGGAAAAAAAGAAGACGGAAACUUUUGUUGGAGAUAAAAUCUGGUUAUGAAAAUACGGCAAAUCGAGGAAUGGAUACCUUAGAUUCUGAGAAGAUGGCGAAGAGAAUUGUUCAUAAUCAAAGUAUAACCAAACUGGAUGCAAAUGAUUUGGAGAAGGAUUCUGGUAAAUGCCAAGAUCACGGGGAAAAGAGAUGUGAUAAUGAUUCUUUGCAAGUCUCUGCUUUUCCUAGCGCCUCCAAUCUGGACAAGCCAUACAUGAUGCCCUUGUUACCAAUUCCAAAUGUGGAUAGGUAUUAUUUUAAUGCUUCACUCAUCUUGACAGGAACAGCUUGUAAAGGGGGAAUUGGACCACCCGUAGGAGCUGUAGAUAUAGGUGUUAGCAAAUCUGCAUAUUAUUUUCGCAUUGCUCUACCUGGAGUCAAGAAAGAUCCUGCAGGUCAAUUUAGCUGUGAGGUUGAAAGGGAUGGAAAAGUUAUCAUCAAAGGUGUGACAUCAACUGGUGUGAAAACUGUAUCAAAGUAUUCUCGAGUUUUUGAAAUGAAAUUUCAGCAACAAUGUCCACCUGGAACUUUCACGCUUUGCUUCAGUCUACCUGGCCCUGUUGAUCCAAGGUUGUUUUCACCGUAUUUCAGAUCUGAUGGCAUCCUUGAAGGCGUUGUUGCAAAAUAUGAGUAGUUGUGUUUUGAUCUACAUUAUCGAUCCCAACCUGAUGUAAAAUUGUUAGAAAUCUCAUUUUAGCUAGUCCUUUCUUUUUCUUUUUUUGGAUCACUAUUAGCUUAGGUCCUUUCGCUUCUCAAGAUGACAAAUAUUUAAUGUGGGCUGUACGAUGAACAAGAUUUUAGUUUUUUAUUUUUAUUUUUUCUGUUGAAUAAGUGCUCAAGAGUAACACUCUGGAUUUCCCUUCA